GGAAGCGGGGAGGAGGGGCGCUUCACGGCGGCUGUGGGGAAGCAAAGACCGAGGUUUCGGGUUUUCCUCGUUCACCGGACGGUGGGCGGAGGUAGUGCACGGCGUUCAGGAACCGAAGCUUACCGGGAGGCGGGUGGAUCGCCAGGAGCUGCUGGGGCUGCCUCUGGAAGCCGGCGCAGCGUCGACAUGGAGCUGGAGAACAUCGUCGCCAACACCGUGCUGCUCAAAGCACGGGAAGGAGGCGGCGGCAACAGGAAAGGAAAAAGCAAGAAAUGGAAGCAGAUGCUGCAGUUCCCCCACAUAAGUUUGUGCGAGGAGCUGCGACAGACCAUAGAGAAAGACUACUGCAGCCUUUGUGAGCGGCAGCCCAUCGGCCGGUUACUGUUCAGACAGUUCUGCGACACGCAACCUGACCUCAGACGCUGUGUCAAGUUUCUGGACGCUGUGGCGGAGUACGAGGUGACUCCAGACGAGAAGAGGAAGGAGUGUGGACAAGAACUCAUCGACAAAUACUUAAACCAAAAGUCGGAUGACCAUGUGUCUGAGGUGGAGGCAGCCAUGAUGACUCAAUGUACAGAGAGGCUGCAGCAGGAAGCCUGCAAAGAGCUCUUCAAGGAAUGCACCAAAUUGAUACACGACUACCUGAGCGUGGCGCCCUUCGCCGACUACCUCGACAGCAUGUACUUCAACAGGUUCCUGCAGUGGAAGUGGCUGGAGAGGCAGCCGGUGACGAAGAACACGUUCAGACAGUACAGAGUUUUAGGAAAAGGAGGUUUUGGGGAGGUGUGUGCGUGCCAGGUACGAGCCACAGGGAAAAUGUAUGCCUGCAAAAAGCUGGAGAAGAAGAGGAUAAAGAAGAGGAAAGGAGAAUCGAUGGCACUCAACGAGAAACAGAUUCUGGAGAAAGUCAACAGCAGAUUUGUUGUGAGUUUAGCGUAUGCCUACGAAACGAAAGAUGCCCUGUGUCUCGUGCUGACCCUCAUGAACGGCGGAGACCUCAAGUUUCACAUCUACCACAUGGGAGAGGCGGGUUUUAAUGAGACGAGAGCCGUGUUUUACGCCGCAGAGAUCUGCUGCGGUCUGGAGGACCUGCACCGGGAGCGGAUCGUCUACAGGGACCUAAAGCCAGAAAACAUUCUGCUGGAUGAUCACGGUCAUAUCAGAAUAUCAGACCUGGGUCUGGCCAUCCAUGUGCCGGAGGGAGAAACCAUCAAGGGACGGGUGGGAACAGUCGGAUACAUGGCCCCAGAGGUGGUGAUGAACGAGCGGUACACUUUCAGCCCUGACUGGUGGGCCCUGGGCUGCCUGCUGUACGAGAUGAUCGAGGGCCAGUCGCCGUUUCAGCAGAGGAAGAAGAAGAUCAAGAGGGAGGAGGUGGAGCGGCUGGUCAAGGAGGUGCAGGAGGAAUACUCCAGCAAGUUCUCUGAGGACGCCAAGUCCAUCUGUAAAAUGCUGCUGGCCAAAGAUCCCAAAGAGAGGCUGGGCUCCCAGGGAGGCGGGGCUUCUGAGGUCAAAGUUCACCCCAUCUUCCGCCUAAUCAACUUCAAACGGCUGGAGGCCGGCAUGCUGGAGCCGCCCUUCACCCCAGAUCCUCAGGCCAUCUAUGCUAAAGACGUGCUGGACAUCGAGCAGUUCUCUACGGUAAAGGGCGUGGAGCUGGACCCCAAAGACGAGUCGUUCUACAGCAAAGUGUCUACAGGCUGCGUCUCGAUCCCCUGGCAGAACGAGAUGAUUGAGACAGAGUGUUUCAAUGAGCUGAAUGUGUUUAAUGAGGAUGGCAUCGUUCCUCCGGACCUGGACUGGAAAGGACAGCCAUCUCCGACACCCAAACAGGGACUGCUGCAGCGGCUCUUCGGCCGACAGGACUGCUGUGGUAACUGCAGCGACAGUGACGACGAGCCCACCAGGCUGUGACACACACACACCCGGCCGCCUGAAACAUGAUGUGUUUACAACUUUUGCACAGCGUUUGCCAGAAUGUAUAUUUUCAGCAUAGUCAAAACGUUGGAGUUUAUUUAAAGCGUGUGAAAAAAUCUGCUGCGGACGCAUUUUUCAAACUGGGAACACAGACGGUCAGAAAAUUCAGUUCAUGUUUUAUUGUCUUGACCUUUAAUGUCCAGGGAAAGAUUUGCCUUUCAUCCGCUCAGACACUGAACUGGGCGCUCCGCUGGAACAAGCGGCUGCUGUAAGAGUGCCUUGCUUGAGGGCACCGUGGCAGUGAUUACUCAGGGAGGACUGGACGUUCCUCUCUCGUAGGAUUCCCACUUUGAGGGGAAAACCAGUGACUUUAAGCCCAUAAACUGUGACCACUUUACUCCACGUGCCCUCCGCCUUCCUGCUCUUUUUCCACUGGUUCUGUUUGCUUAGACGUCGUUUUUUCCUCAUGUACAAACAUACGGUCAGCUUCUGCCUGUUUUUAAGUCUCUCUACAUUGGAUUCCUCGAGACAAUCGGCUCCUGGUGUGGGAGCGGCUCCGGGUAAACUCCCUUAAUAAGAGCUGCAUUAAAAACAGCGUGCAGAGGUUUCAGGGGAAUCAAAGCGGGUUUAUAUGAAGCCACCACAGUAACGGUUUACUUACUGCUUCUGAGUUUAUUUAAAACACCAAAAAGGGGCGUUUAUUAGGGGGGGGGGUCCUUUGAAUGACAUUUCAAAAAACAAAAAAACAUGAUACAGCUCCUUGCAAAAAUAUUAACACCUGUUGAUCGUCCUCGCAAUUUGCCACAACCACAAACUUUAAAGAAGCAUUUUAUUUGGAUUAUUUGGAUUUUUGUGAUCAACCAACGCUGAGUAGUAGUGCAUAGUUAAUUAGUUGAAGGAAAACAAUGAAACGAGGGUUUAGAAAUGUAUCAUCAAUAAAAAUCUGAGGAGUGUGGUGUGCAUCUGUGUAGAAGGUCAGUUUAAACGAUCUGCAAAUGGAAAAAGAUUUCUCCAUCGUCUUAUUACUGGUGCAGUGUAUCUAAUGAACUUAUUUUAGGGGUCAAAAUACUCAUUCCAUUGGCAGAUAAUCUUAUUUAAUUGUUCAAAUCCAGGACAAACGCACUCAUUUCCAGAAUAUUUUACUUACUUUUAAUUCCCUAUUUGCAGCAUGGGGAUGGUUUGUUGAAUAAAAGGUGUGCUGUUUGGGUUUUCUUACUCAGACCUUUUGUCUUAUCUGACCAGAGCACCUUCUUCCACGUGUUUGCUGUGUUCCUUCCAUGGCUGGUAGCCAGAGCUUUCUGUCUUUCUUCUUGUCAUUCUUCAAUAAAAGCCCGAUUUAUUGUGUGCAUGACUAAAUGGCUAGAUAUAUACUCUCCUUACAUGCACUUGACAGUGGCAGCCGCAGUCAUUUCUUUAUGCACUUGUCUGAUGACAGUAAAAACAUCCGAUUCUGAUACAGAGAAAAAUGUUCUCUCUCCUGGUUCUUGCAGUCCUGGUUUAGUAGUUUUAUUGGCUUGUCCUUGUGCAGGAAUGUUUUUCCUUUGCAACGUCUGCUAACUAUUGUGUGAUUGGUCAGAAAUAUGAAGUGGGCGUGGUUACUACACUGACAAUGCUGCAGUAGGAGGAACCAAUGAAGACUUCCCAGGGGUUCUGCACUUGGGUUCUUGUGAAGUACUUAAAUGAUCUGGUCAGAGGGAACUUUGUUCUUGUUUUUGCCACUUUAAGAAGAAACAAUUUCUCUCUUCUUGCAAAGUAUGUGCUGGCCGAAAAUGAUUGUCCGCUCAAAAAGCCCCUGAAUAGAUUUACUAAUUAAGGAUCUCCAAAGGAGUUGGUUGUGUUGGAUGUUAUUUAGAGGUAACAGAGUGAAGGGGGUUGUAAAAUGUUUUGAAAAUUAUUAAUCUUUUUUCUGUCCUCCUCAGUUUUGCACCAUUUGCAAUGUGACAAAAUGUGAAGCAGGUCAAAGGUUACUGAUGCAUUUGCAAGGCUGUACCCCAGUUUUUACAAAAGAUAAAGACAGUAAUCAGGAUUUGAAAAAAAAAUAAUGGAGUUUUUAGUCUAUUUAUCAGGCUUUACCAGACAAAUAUUGCUGGAAAUUACCUAUAUUUUAUAUUUUUAUUGUUUUGGAUUAAAUUAAAACCUCAACCUUUUUAAUUAGAUACAUAUUCCUGUCAUGUAGACAUGGUUUUAUAUUAUAUUCGUCUAAAUUUAGUCUAUGGGCAUUUUUUUAUUUGUCCUUUUCUGUCCUUUGACUUAAAGUUAGUUUCUAAUUGUUUUAUUUAGGAACAAACAAGAGAAGAUAUGUACUAUAGUUUAGGGGAUGCAAGAAUCAAGCGUGCCUUCACUGAUCUAUUAGUCACAAAUGAGUUUUUUUUUUUUUAAUGUACUGUUUAUUUCCACUGUGAACCACUCUGCAUCUGGAAUUCCUCCUAAAGCUUUCUGAAGGAUUUCUUUUUCACGUUUUUUUAUUUUUGUUUCUCUUAAACAACAAAAUGAUUGGACGACAGGUGACUGAUCUGUUUAUUAACCUUCAUAAAGAGACUCACCCGCCUCGCCCUGACCUGAUCACAACGACGGGACUGAGACGUCCGGGUCUAAUCCCGAGCGCGCGGCGGGUCUUGAUGGACUCCAUAUAGACAUUUCUCUGCUGGAAAACCCUCAAACAAUGUGGCCUCUGUUUGUAAGCUAUUAAAAUGAGAUACCUCUGACUGUACACA